GCUCCCUACACGAGCCCAGCACGUGCAGGUCAUCAGCGGCUGAUUGACAGGAGCAGAGAUGGCUGAUUAUCUUCCCUUACCGUAUGCUCAGUUCUGCCUCCUGAGCCCAGUACACAAGAAGAUGAAAGCCAUCCAGACAAUCAAUAACCAGGAUUUUGCCAUGAAGGCACCAUCUCUCUGCCAGCCCUGUUCUCCCACUCUGCUCUCCUGUCAGUGCUUUACCCAGCAUGCAGCUUGCGUCACUCCAUUAGGCAGAUGGGGAGGGGAGGAGGAAGGAGGAGGGGAAGAAACAGAGAGAAAGGCGAACAAGCUGUACAUCUCUCCUCCAUCAGCGUACACAUCACUGCUGCUCCAGCCUUCGUCACCGGAAAAAAAACAAGGAAGGACAAAAACUGUCUCGCAGUGGGGAGAAAAGGCACCAUCAGCAGCACCUCCUCUGCCAGAACCCAUCUACCAACAAGCAAGGAUUAGGCCAAGACAGGUUUGCCGCUGCCAGCCACAAGCUACUGAGAGAGCGCCUCGACAAGAGUAGCUGUCCCAAGCAUGGCCUAAGAGAGGAGGCAGGCUGCUGUCCGACUCCUUCCAACAAAUGGGAAACCAGGAGGCUAAGCUAAGGAAAGCUGCAGCUACUGCAGCGGCAGCAUCGGGGGAUGGAAGCAACCCUGCACUGGAUGAAGGAUGGAGAGAGGGAUGGGGGGACAUGACAAAAAGGGGAGGGAAAAAAGCCCCUGGCAGGCACGGAGGUAAAGGAGCAGGAGGGGGGGAGCAGGGUAAUGGGCCAGGCAAGAAGAAAAACAAAUCGGAGUCCAAGUCAUCAGUUUUCUCAAUCCGGAAGAGAAAGAGCAACCUCAAGGGGAAAAAGGGAGGGUGUUCAUCAACAGCUGGCUCAAAGGAGGAUGUUUUAGCAUCUGAACUGGACAGCGCUCAUUCUCUGGGUACCAAAACACCAGACUUGUCUGCAGAGGAACUAGGACCGUCAGACACGGAGGUUGAUUUUACCAAGAAGAAAAAGAAAAAUGAGCGAAAAAAGGAUGCAGGAGGGGAGAGGGAACAGGAGGAGCAGCAGGCACUGCCGACAAAAGCAACCUCUCCCACCGAGGAGGGGGUACAGAAAGGAGGGAGCUCGGGGUCAGACACUGAUAUCUAUAGCUUCCACUCAGCAGCUGACCAUGAGGAUCUGCUAGCAGACAUCCAGCUCGCCAUCCGGCUGCAGCACCAGCAGCAGCAGGGGGGAAUUAACUUAAUCGCAGAAGCACAGGGAGGAGGUGAGCAGGAGCUGGGCUGGGGGGCAGGGAAUGGAGGAGGAGGGAGAAAGCAGAAUGGAGAAAAAAUGGUUAAAUUAACUCCUCCUGAACUGUUAGAGCUCACCCCAGAGUUAGAGCUGGGAUCUGAUGCACUGUCAUUUCUAGAGACAGGAACUCUGUCUGGCUCUGCAAGGCCCAGCAGCCAGCCACCACCACACCUCCCCGUAAACUCAGAGGAGCAGGAGGGGAGGAAGGAGGAGGACCAUCAUCAUUAUCGGAUAAAGCAGCUAAAUGGAGAGGAGCAGGAGGAGAAAGAGAGGGAGGCCUCUUUUUGUGUUGCCAUAGGGACAAAGGAAAAGCAUGCCCGGGUGCAGCACCCCCCUCAUACAGCCAUCACCAUGGCAACCGAUGGGGGAACAGCAGUCAGCCCCAUCACCAUGACAACCAGUGUUAACAGCUUCCCUGAUCUCACAGCUUCAUUUGAGAGUGCUGUGGAAGUCCCAGAGGAGGAAGGAAAUGAAACCCAGAGAGAGGAGCAGGAGGAGGAGGAGGAGGAGGAGGAGGAACCUGGCCUGGAUGUGCCUCCUCCUCCUGCAGACAGUUUACACUGUCUGCAGGACGCAGGAAAUAAACCAGGACAGGGACUGAGGUCAAGGAUGGUGUCUGACGAAGGUGAGGGUGUGAUGGGCCCUGGGACCAGCACCGAGUCCCUAGAGGACUGCCUGAGUGCCGAGUCCGAAUCAAACCAUUCUCCUGUGUCCAGUACUGGCACGUCUGUCUCCAUUCUGCAGCGCAGGAAGAGCAGCGUCUGCUUCACCCAGUGGCCUCCCCAGGAGAGCCCCACUACAGCCACACGUCUUCUCAAGUCCACCCUCUCCACCUCUGCCCCCACCCCCUCAGUCAAACCCUAUCCCCCCAUAUUCCCCUCCUACAUCAAGACUACCACACGGCAGCUCAGCUCCCCAGGACACUCCCCAGCCUUGUCCCCGUCCCAUAGCCCCUUGUCCCAUCGCAAAACCCAUCACUACCUCCACAGGACAAUGGCACAGCACCGGCCAGACCACAGACAGAAUUCUCGAAGCCUCACCAGACCACUUAGCCGUUCGGCGGACUGGACAGAAGAGCUGGAGCUGGAGAAGAGGCUGAGGCGCAGGGAGGAGGAUGCAGGAGGUUCUGGGGGGUCAGGAGAGUACCUUGGCGGGUAUGGAGGUGGAGGAGGCAGCCAGCCUAUUUGCGUGACCAGAAGAUCCUCUUGUGGACAGACCUCUACUUGCGGCUUUCAGGACGUCUUCACUGGUCGAACACUCCUGGAAAAACUGUUCCUCCAGCAGGAGCAGGAGGAGCCAGAGGAGGCUGAGAGGCUUUGCUCUAGGAUCCUGGCCAUGGGCCUCUUGCUGCCCUUCACUGACUGCUUCAGAGAGCAGUUAGGAGGCAGCACCACCCACAUCACCCCCACAACAGCAGCCAAGUUUGAUCAAGACCAGCUAUAUACCUGGGCAGCAGUCAGCCAGCCUCCCCACUCCCUGGAACCCCCAGAGGGGAAACUACCUGGUCAGAUCAGGGGUCUCUGUCCCCUAGCCAGGCCAGCUGGAGAUGACAAGAAUGGACUCAGAUACACUGAGGCUGAACACCAGGCAGCCAUCUUGGGUCUGAAGCAACAACAGAAGGAGGAGAUCGAAGAACUUCAGGAGGAAUGUGUCCUAAAGACGGUAAAACUGAAGGAGGAACAUGUCAACGUCAUCCAGCAACUUGAACAAACCAUCGAAGACCUCAGAACCAAGAUUGCUGAGCUGGAGCGACAGCCUGUGUUGCCAGACAGAAAUGGUAUUACAACCAGCACAAGAGACCAGGAGUGUGGAGGAGAGGAAGACCUUAUGAAGAUUGUUUGUGACGUUCACCUCCAGACAGAAGCAAUGCUUGGGUUGGGUUGCCUGGAGGCCAAAUCAGUCCAGACCUCACCUAUGGAUGACAACUUCAAGUUCAAAGUGCCUUGUAGUGAGCCUGUGGCAGUGAAUGGCCUGCUGCAGCCCACUGACACUCAAGCAGGCUUUCAAUGUGUAUGCCAGCAGCAACCUCCCCCGCCUGCUUGUCCCCUUCCAGGAGAAGCUGUGCCUCCUCCUCUUCCAGGACACACAGUGGCACCUCCUGCUCUGCCACCACCUCCUCCACUACCGGCAGGGGGUGCAAUGCCACCUCCUCCACCACCACCUCCUCUAACCCCUGGCUUAGUCAUCUGCCCUCCUCCUCCCUUGCCAGGUAUGACUGGAAUCCCACCACCACCCCCACCUCCUCCUCCUCUCCCUGGUGGCCUUGCUCCUCCUCCUCCACCGCCUCCCUUACCAGGGAUGGGAGGUCCUCCUCCACCACCUCCCUUACCAGGGAUGGGAGGUCCUCCCCCGCCACCUCCCUUACCAGGGAUGGGAGGCCUACCUCCCCCACCACCUCCCUUACCAGGGAUAGGAGGCCAACCUCCCCCACCACCUCCCUUACCAGGGAUGGGAGGCCCACCUCCACCACCACCAGUGCCCGGUUGUGGGCCUCCACCUCCCCCUCUUCCAUCAGGAGGCAUCUGUUAUCCUCCAGCUUCUCUAGAGACCCUGGGUUCCCUACCACCUCCUUUGCCGUUGGGGCUGUAUGCACUAGGUCUGGCCCAGGAGAAACCACCCAGGAAGGCCGUGGUGGAGCCGCCGAGACCCAUGAAGCCUCUUUACUGGACCAGGAUUCAGCUGCACAGCAAAAAGGAGGUUUCUUCUUCGUUGGUGUGGGAGACAAUCGAGGAGCCGCAAGUGGACUUCGAGGAAUUUGUAGAAUUGUUCUCAAAAACAGCUGUGAAGGAGAAGAAGAAGCCGCUGUCCGACACGAUUGCCAAGUCUAAGGCCAAACAGGUUGUGAAGCUCCUAAACAACAAACGUUCUCAGGCAGUAGGAAUCCUCAUGUCUUCCCUGCACCUUGAUAUGAAAGACAUUCAGCAUGCCAUCCUCAACCUUGACAAUACAGUAGUGGACUUGGAGACCCUGCAGGCACUCUACGAAAAUAGGGCACAACAGGAUGAGAUGGAGAAGAUUGAGAAGCACAUCAAGUCCUCUAAAGACAAGGAGAACCCUAAACCUUUGGACAAACCUGAACAGUUUCUCUACCAGCUAUCCCAGAUCCCCAGCUUCUCUGGCAGAGUGUUCUGCAUCCUCUUCCAGUCCAGCUUUUCGGAGUGCAUCUCAUCAAUACUGAGGAAAGUAGAAACACUGCAGAAAGUAUGCAAGACUCUGCAGGCUGGUGAGGGGGUAAUGCAGGUUCUGGGUUUGGUUCUGGCCUUCGGUAACUUCAUGAACGGUGGUAACCGGAGCAGAGGCCAGGCAGAUGGCUUCAACUUGGACAUCCUGCCCAAGCUCAAAGACGUUAAGAGCAGUGACAACGUGAAGAGUCUUCUGUCCUACAUUGUUGCAUACUAUCUCCGACACUUUGAUGAGGAUGCUGGUAGGGAGACCUGUGUCUAUCCACUCCCUGAGCCUCAGGACUUGUUCCAAGCUUCACAGAUGAAGUUUGAAGACUUUCAGAAAGACCUGAGUCGUCUUAAAAAAGACCUGAGAGCAUGUACAACAGAAGUGGAGCGGGUAUGUAAGUCUUCAGACGAGGAAAACCUGCAGCCUUUCAAAGACAAGAUGGAGGACUUCCUCAAGCAAGCCACAACUGAACUGGAGACUCAGGACACUCAACUCAGCUGCACUCACAAAACGUUCCUGGAACUGACAGUGUUUUUCUCAGUGAAGGCCAAGUCAGGAGAGAAGGAGGUUUCUCCAAACACCUUCUUCUCCAUCUGGCACGAGUUCUCCUCAGACUUCAAGGAUCAGUGGAAGAAGGAGAACAAGACCAUUCUUAAGGAGAGGUUAAAAGCAGCAGAGGAGUCUUUCCGGCAGGCCAAGGAGAAAGCUUCCUACAGCGUCAAACCUAAACACGCCUCUGGCAUCAAAGCCAAGCUUGGCAUGAAGAUCUAAGGAGUCAUCGGACUUUGGGUCAUGUUUUUCCCAACUUGGUGUACUACAAGACAAAGAAGAAUCUAGAGGUCAGCAGAGAAAAGGCAGGGACAAGACAAGUAUGAACUACUACGUGUAUCUGCAAGACCCUUGUUCUGGAAAUCAGGACGCAUGUUUUUUUGGUUAGCCUGUUCUUUGGGCCGUUGCCUUAUGUUACUCGCGCUCUUUUGCUGUCUGGCACAUGCACCCAACUUACCUGGGAGGGAUGCUGCUGCAAGGCCCCAUUCCUAAACUCAGUAGUGUGGUUGAAUCGCACUGUGUCAAAUAGAUGCAGCACAUCAGGAUAUUGGUUGGAUCGAUACAAUUUACAGAAACAAAAUAAAACUGCACAUUAUACACCAGCUGGAACAAUCAUUUACCAGCUGCGAUGUCUAGGCCCUUUUGCAAUAACAAAUGUGUUCACCAUUAUGCAUUAUGUGAUGCAUAGCAUAGGAUUUUGGAGCAUUUUAUGGCUACAACCUCAAACCCCAAAACUUUCAUGUGCAAAAACUGGUGGAUCAGGACAAGCAAUCUAAGUUUCACCAACAGCACAAAUAUGACUGCAGUGCAUAUUUGUGCAUGUGUCAAUUCAUUAUAUUUGUGCUCACAUUUGCCUUAUAUUUUUACAUAACACACAUCUGUCUUUUUUAACAGUUCAUCUUAACAUAUUUGUUUUUAACAUGUCUUAUUAAAAAAUAAGGGUUAUCCCAGCCAUGUACAUCCUUUUGAAACAGCACAGUAGCAAUGUUUCUUUGGUCACUUUGGUUUGUCAGCGCUACAGCCAUUCCCUCUACAUUGAUUUUCAAAUAUAACCACAGUGCUGUUUGUGAUUCUAGAUUCUGGCUGUCCAAAUAGACUUAGCCUCUAAAACCAAGAAUGAUAGGUAUUGAAAACUGAAAUAAGAUAUGAGCUUCUGGUGGUGUCAAUGGGCAGGUAAUGAUUUUCACUGUAAACAUACAUGUAUAACUCCAUGUGUAUUCCAUGAAAUAAGAUGUCAGGCCCACAGCAUUACCAGGGAUACCAUAGGAAUUAUAUUAUGUGUGUGCGCGCGCGCGCGUGUGAAUAACAAAUCUCAUUAUUGCUCGAUCACAUCUUUGUGUAAGAAAUCUGAGGAAAGGUGUGAAAUGUGCAGUGAAGUACAGCCAUUGACUUGAGUUGCAAAUGUAAUGAUUUUAUUGAUGUAAAGUAAUAAGUUAUUGUAAGAUACAUUUUUUUUAUUAAUUUCAUCACUGUUCAUAUAAACAGGACACAAAGGUAGGGAGAGGUGUAAUGUAUAUAAAAUAAAGGGAAUAAAUGA